GCGGGAAGUUAUUUCGUAGAUGGAAAGAGCAACGGUAAAACUAAAGCAUCAAGUCCCAACGACGCGAUACUGAACAAUGAUGAAAUAAGACGCGAUGUUAAUUUUUACGCAAUAGACUGUGAGAUGGUCGGAAUCGGUCCAAAUGGUGCAAAAUCGUUGUUGGCUCGUGUGAGCUUGGUUGAUUUCCAUGGCAAUAUUGUAUUCGAUUCGUACGUUAAACCUAAUCAACCGGUCACCGAUUAUCGUACAAAGUUUAGUGGAAUCACAGAGGAUUCUCUAAAAGAUGCUAAGUCUUUUAAUUGGGUGCGACAACAAGUAAAUGAUAUAAUUGACGAUAACAUUGUAAUUGGACAUUCUUUAUAUUUCGAUUUUAAAAUACUAAAAAUAAUGCAUCCACGCGGCCUGACACGUGAUACCUCGCUAUUCAAAGGCUUCAAGACGUCGAUCUCGCAUAACGGCGGCACACCCUCUCUGAAACAACUAGCAAAAGAUCUUCUCGGCAUAACGAUACAAACUAACGAUCACAAUUCUAUCGAAGACGCGCGAGCUGCAAUGAACAUAUACCGAGAGUAUCAAGUUGAGUGGGAGGGUUCGAUAGUCACCAAUGGAAUCGAAUCGGAAUUGUCGGCAUGGUGA